AUGAGUGAGGAGGAUGGCGUUAUCAAAUGCCAAAGUUGUUUCGUCCCAUUAGAGGUAGACAGCUCUUUAUUGGACUUGAGCUUAGCACAACGUAAUUUACUUCUGAAUGCGAAAACAGAAGUGCCAAAUUCAGGGUUCAAAAUCCCCACUGAAAGAUUAGAGAGACUCAGUCUUAUUCAGAAUCCGAAUGAACUCAAUUUGCGUAGGUCAACGACAAAUAACUCGAACUCUUACGUUUUUUUGAAUGGGGAUUCAAGUUUGCUUCACCAGGCCGGGCCUGAGAUCACCAGUAAUGAAGAGGACUCCAAAAAUGAUUGGUCCACGAAAACAUUGUCAUCACGAAUCAACACAAUAACAAAUAUUUUCAAUAUUUUAUCAUUCAAGAGUAACAUAGAUCAUCCCGUAUGCCAAGAAUGCUGUGACAUGAUGAUCCAGAAACUCAAAGCUGAUUACGAAGAAGCCAUGUUUGAACGAGAUAAAUACGCGGAAUUCUUGUCGCGGUUGCAAAAGCAAGAGGAUGUGGAACGUUCGCAGGCUGUGACAAAGGAUUCCAAUUGUGAUUCUCGCGAAAUGGUUGAAAAAGAACACACAGAGCUUUUGAAGGAGCUCAUUCAAUUGGAAGAUCAGGAGUCUCAACUGGACUUAAAGAUUGAGGAUCUUGAAGCCAAGCUCGCCGCUAAAAAAAAAGCACAAUUACAGCUUAUGAAGGAACGCAAUAUCAAGGAAUUGAACAAUUUAGAGUUCUCAAAAGAAAUCGAAUCUUUGAAGAGUAAAUACGAAAGAACGUUGACGAACCUUGACACGCUUCGCAAAACCAAUAUAUUCAACGAAACCUUUCGAAUAUCACACGACGGUCCCUUUGGAACCAUCAACGAACUCCGCUUGGGGAGUCUUGAGGACACCCGCGUGACGUGGCAAGAAAUCAAUGCAGCAUUAGGUCAGCUCAUUUUGCUGCUAGCGACGAUUUGCACGCGUCUGCAGUUCAAGUUGGAUGGAUUUGUUCUGCGGCCAAUGGGGUCUUUGUCCAAAAUCGAACAGUUUGAGGCAAGCUCGCAGAGCUGGACUACGCACGAUGCUUUCAACAAUAACAGCUUCAAAAUAGGACGUCUGUUUCACAAAGAAACCAGUUUUGACAAAGCCAUGCAAAGCCUACUCGUGAUAGUUUCUCAAAUAGCGUCCUGUCUCUCUGCCACAUCUUUCAGAGAGCCAGACGAGUUGGAAUUGCCUUAUUCUAUAACGGCCGACAAGAUAAACGGAAUGAGCAUCAAGCUAUUUGGCAAUAAUCCAACAAUGGAAUGGACAACAGCUUGCAAAUUCUUGCUCACAAACUCCAAAUGGCUUUUAGCUUUUUCUUCAAGUCUUAUGAGUGCCAGGCGCUGA